UUGCAACUUUAUUCACUUCUCGUUCUUCUAUUGCAGUGUGUAAAGAAUGGCUGGUACGUGAAGACAGCGCGCUCGCCUAUAAAUUGCAAUCACAAGAAAUAAAUGACUUCUACAAAGGCAAUCGACAGCGCAACGCUGUGGUACGUGAGGAUUUUCCCACCGCGCUGAAUGAGCAAAUCAAGGAGAAGGAACAAGCCGAGCGGCAAGUGGAAAUGUAUCGACGUCGACUGCUCGAACAGGAAGCAUAUGAUAAGCGUGUAGCGAAGGAGAUCGCCGAAAAGCUGGAACGUGACUUACAGGAACAGAGGCAAAGAGAGUUGCUGGAGAGCGAGGAAAUGGCGCAGCAGAUGCAGGAGCUCUAUGUGAAUUUGCCGCCACCAAUGCGCGGAAAGGCGCAUGCACCACCGCCACGUCCAGCUAAAGCAAGUAUCUUGCAACAGAAUCCAAAUGAACCCUCAACUUCGAACGGUAGAUAUUUCGGUAGUAAUAGUGGUAGUGGUAGUAGUAGUCACCAUGCGAGACAUCAUCAGCAACAACAACAGGAACAACAACUAUCACAAUCACCACAAACGUCACAUCAGUCACAGUCACAACAACAAUUGUCGCCCACAUCAUUUCUUUUGCAACAACAGCAUUUCUCACAAACCGAUUGUUAUGUAGGCCUAACGGUACAAAAGACAUCAUCACCUAUAACAACCACAUCAGCAGCAUUGCCGUCAUCAGCAAAUGCAUUAGAUUCACGAUCGCCACCAACAUCUUCCACACGCCAACACAACAGAUCACAACUAAAUGCACUGAGCAAUAGCAACAGCAGCAGCGGCAGCAGCGGCUCAUCUGCUGGCGGUCACUUGUUGCAUCAGCAUCAACACUCCUUGUCAUCCAUUUCGUCAGCUUCAGCUGCAUCGACGUCAUCCUCUUCAGCAGCAGCGGCAAUGACUUCAGCAACAGCAGCAUCCUCAUCGGUACAGACAUUCUCAUUUGCACAGCCACACGCACCAACACAUGCACCCUACACUGACCAUUCUGCACCACCACAACAACAACCACAUACAACCCACCCAUCAACGCCACUAAGCCGGCAGCAGCACCAACAGCCGCUGCAUCAACGUCAACAUUCAGUCGAAGAAUUGAUUGAAUAUUCCGAUGCGGUGGACAGCAUAAGGCAUCUUGAAAAAAGUGCUGCUGCUGGUGGUGGUGGUAGCGCUAGUGUUGAAAGCUGCACAACUGAAUCACCAUUGCACAACACUUUUAGUAGCAACAAUUCCAAUUCACCAAGCGGCGCUUUAACCAAUCGCUUACAUUCGGUGUCAAAUGAGAAUUUGCUAAGAAAUGAACACAAAUUUCAGAAACUCUCACCGGAGAAAUACGAUCAGCUGGUGGGUAAUGAUGCCACUGGCGCUGGACGUGCGGUUGCAUGUAACGCCGUAGCCGCUGAGCGGCAUAUGCAAGCGCACGCAGAUGAUAUUGAGCUGUAUGUGGAUCCGUGUGAUUAUGCGAGUUUGAAGGAGAUCGGUUUGCCCAUGGAGGAGAUCAAGGAGAUGAGCAAGAAAUUGAAGCAGGAGCAAAAAGAUGAGUUGCUGGCACGUCGACUACAGCAAAUGGAGGCGAAUGACGGGCUCACACAAGAGGAACGAGAUCGUCUGAUGGCAAUUGAAGCGCAGGACAAAGAACUAGCCAAAAUGCUGCAAGAUCGUGAGCGCUCCAAAGCAAAACGUGCCAAAGAAAAAGCGCGCCUACGCAAGCAUCAACAAAAGGACGGUGCGGGCAACACCACACUAUGCGGCUCAAAUGGCAGCUUUACGAAUGGACUGCAUUGUGGACCACUACUGCCGCUGCCACAGGACUGCCUCUCCUUUGGCAAGCAUUCAACACACGCUGCGGCAGCCUCGCAAACAGCCGCUGCCAACAGUUCACACACGAACACGCAUCCAAGUACCCAAAGUAGUAGCGUCCUGCACGAGGCAGUUGAGGAAGAGGACAUCAUUGACGUGGAGGCGUACUCGAAUCCCAUUGAUGUGCUACAUAAUCAACAGCAGCUGCAGCAGCGUCAACAACACAAUGGCACACUGACCAAUGGCAGUUUGACGCGUGAAGGUGGACGACGCAGCGCUAAUAGUCAACAGAACGCUGGCGGCGGUGGCGGCCUCCACAACAGCGCUAUGCUUAAUCGCGUCGAUGAUGAUAUCUAUACGCUGCCAGUGGAUAGUUGUCGGCCAGGUCAGCGACCCACUUCGCUAAAUAUUAGCGCGAAUGGAGAAGCGCAACUGUUGCAGCACAAUUCGAUGACCAGAUCAGAAAACUACUCCAUUGACUCGCAUGAUUCACUCAACAGACAUGAACUAGCGCCACGCAUGAACUACUCGCAAUCGAGUACUUUUGAUAAAAGCUCAAGCCCCACACCGCCUUAUAUGCCGAUUCAAGGUACGCGCCGAUCAAAUUCAAGCGACGAUCGUAAAAAGAAGUCCAAGGACAAGUGUACGCAUCAAUGAAAUGUCCAGCAAUUAAGCGAAUUGCUCAUACAAAUACAUAUAUACAUAAAUGUGCAUAAAUAAAAUGUACUAUAUAUCUACUUACCUACAUAUCUUGGUAUGGAAGUGAAACUACAAAAAUAUUAUUUAUACAUAUAUUUAUUAGUAUAUAGCAGCAUCUAAUCAUCGUUUUUCAUACUAAUUUAAUUUCCUCUACAUG